ACCUGAUGCGACGGUUAAAAAAAACCUCCUCUGAAGUUUCCUCUGGCAUUCAAAAAAAAAAGAGACCGACAAAAGAGCGAAGAGAGAGUCAAAUCUCGAAGUUCAAAGUUGAGGGCCAUGGCUCGUGGGCAGCAGAAGAUUCAGUCCCAGCAAAAGAACGCCAAGAAGGCAGCAGAGAAGAAGAAAGGUCAAGCCGCUGACCAGAAGACCGCAGCAAAGGCCGCACUGGUCCACACCUGCCCUGUCUGCCGGACGCAGAUGCCUGACCCCAAGACCUUCAAGCAGCAUUUUGAGAGCAAACACCCCAAGUCUCCCAUGCCUCCUGAGCUGGCGGACGUUCAAGCAUGAAGAACUGCUGACUGAACUGGACCUGAACCUGGAUGCACAAUGACCACGGACUUAACAUUGAAUCACGGCGCCUGAAGGAUGUUGAUGACGAACACUGGGACCCGUCAGUAUUCACGGACAACGGGUUGGGAUGGAUGGAUGGAUGGAUGGAUGGAUGGAUGGAUGGAUGGAUGGAAGGAGGGAGGGGGUUGGAUGUGUGUAUGUAAGUGAAAACAAUAACGACGGGGCAGUAGUACACCAGCACCCCAUUUUUAUAUUUAUUAUGUAAAACUACCUUGCUAUUCCAGAUGGGGGAGGGGACCAGCAAGAUUGCCUGCUAACACUGAAUAAAAUGAUCUUGUGACUAAUAACUGGGAGAUGUGAUGAUGUCUGGGAAGUAAAAAAAAAAAAAAAAAAACAAAAACAAAACAAAUAUUUGAGAAUGUAUGGCUAGCUAUCAGCUGGUUGUACUGUUAAACACUGUCGUCCAGAGCAAUAGAUGGCACAUUUAAGGCCCCUGCUAUAGAUUGCAUCACUCAUCCACAAUGGAUACGGCACUUUUGGGUUAAAACUUUGUAACUCCAGUUAUUUUAUAUUCACUUGAGCAAAGGUAUUCACAUAAUGUCACCACGGUUAACAGUGCAUAGAAUAUAUAAAAAUGAGUUUUCAUGACCAUUGGCUUCUUAAAAUGACUAAAAACCCCAUUGUGUCAUUUCAGAAUUUAUGGUUGUUGAUGGUAAAAUGCAGGAUAUUAGUCUUCAACUAUAUUGUUUUGGAGAUUCAUGGUUUAUGUCCAACGAGAGGGACAGACUCUCCUGCUAUGCGUCCUCUGUGCUGCUGCUCCACAGGUGUCCAACCUCAGUAACACCUCACAACAGUACCUCACGUUACGCCACACAGCAAUUCUCAUGUUCAUGUAUGUUCUUCUGUUUUCUCCCCCCCCAAAUCCUUCUGCUUCUGCUCAUGUUAAUGUUGUCCUCUUCGGGCACGUUUUCCAACAUAAUCUUGGCAAUAAAAUCAUCUUUGUUCCACUUCAGUUAAACCAGAUUUUGUUUUGAAAAUCAGAAGCAAAUGUUUUUUUUUUUUUGCUAAACCCCCCUCUAACAUAACAACCUCAUUUAUGCUUUCAGUUGUUGUCACUUUGGUUGUUAAUUGAUUGAAAGAAAUUGUAAGUAGCCCCACGGACUGAGAGUUAAAGAAAAUGGUUCAGUAACUGCCAAAAUGAUUUAAUCCCUGUGUUUUGGUUCAUAUUUUCACUAGCAGGUAAAAACUUCACAAAUUUGCUUUCACUGUAAUUUCUUUUCUUUCUUUUUUUUUUUACCCUUUUCAAUAAAUUGAACAAUGUAUUUAAUGUGA